UUGCCAAUUAGGAAGAUGGCUGCGAAUUUUUCGCAUGUGUGCCUGACAGAAAAGCAGCAGAUGAUGAAUGGAACUCCUCUGGAAUAUAAUCUGCAAAGAUACGUCUACCCAGCCAUUGCCGUAUUCGGCAUACUAGGAAAUGUGCUGAACUUAUCUGUACUUUUAGACAAAAGCAUGCGAAGCAGGGCAAACACCUUCUUAGCAACGCUGGCAUUUGCGGACAUCAUAUUCUUGUCCCUACUCUUUCCCAAUAUACUGGCUAACUACUCAUUUUUCACUUUCAAUUAUUAUUUUCGAUAUUUCUACUUCAAUACGAAAGUCCAUCUCAUUUCGCUAGCGAACUGGUGCUCAGCUGUGGCAAUUUGGUGCGUGAUAGUAGUAUGUGGCGAUCGUCUAGUUGGAAUACGAAGUCCUCUAUAUGCUAGGUCGGCUUGGUCUUGGUGGAAACUUCCAGCUGUAAUAAUAUGCAUCGUUGCCGUUACUGGUUUGCUGACUUUUUACCAACAUUUCGAAUACUACUGCCUUGUACGCUCAUAUUGCAACGAGACUCAGCUUUAUUCCAGAUGUCUACCGGUCUAUAGCGACACAUGGUUUGGAAAUCGACCAAAUCCAUUUUCUCUUGCAUUUCAACAAAGCAUUUCUUUAUGCGUGCUGAUUUAUGUGCUGACCAUGAUCAUUCUACCUAUUAUUCUUCUAACCGUGCUUAAUCUUAUGUUACUUUGCGCACUACGCAGACGACAGAAGCAUCUCGCAAUUGCCAGUGAUGUGGCGGAAAGACGUACCAAUGAAAAUCAGAUGCAGAAGACCGAACAACGAGUCACAUUGACAGUAACUUUCAUAGUUACAAUGUUCACUUUGACGAAUGGUCCGUCAGCACUAGCGCAAUUAGUCCGGACUGCUUAUAACCUUCCCCAGGAGGACCUAUAUGACCUCACUAUGAUUUGCAGUACCCUUGUAAUCUGUGGAAAAGCUUCAAACUUCAUUCUGUUUUGCCUCGGUUCACGCCACUUCAGACUGCGGCUGACUCGGCUCGCACAAAGAAAAAUGCAUGGGAAAAUCGAAUCGCUCUCCGGCACCCUUUUGACGAAUUCAGUAGGACGAGUUUUCACAGCGGAUAGGAGACAAAGCUGUCCCCUGAAGAAAACUAGCGGCGUUGAAACUCCGUCGAAAUUGAGGAAUCUGAGCACAGCUGGUAUUUAUCGCCCACUAGUCCAAGAUAUGUCCAAAGACUACGAAGGACAAUGCUAA